GUGAGCUCAACCUUUGGGAUGCUUUUUUUUCUCUACACGCUCCUGCUUUUCAGCUACCUUAAGGCUGAAAACACAGCUUGCCGAAUGAUGGCAGACCCUAAAUACCCGCUGCUGUCAAAGGAUGGAGACAUAACUAUUGGAGCAAUUUUACCAAUCCACACAAAAGAAACAUUACCUUCAUUUGAGUUCAAACAAAAACCUCAACCUCUGUCAUGCUCCAGUGUGAGUCCUAGAGAUGUUCGUCUGGCUCAGACCAUGAUUUUUGCUAUUCAUGAGAUCAACCAAAAUGAAAAUUUGCUCCCAAAUGUUUCUGUUGGCUACAAAAUUUAUGAUAGUUGUGGUUCAAGAAUGUCUUCAGUGAGUGCAAUUAUGGCAUUGAUGAAUGGUCAUGAGACUGCAGAAGAGGAAAGAUGCAAUGGACAGUCUCCUAUACAUGCUGUCAUUGGGGAAACAGAGUCUGCCACUACAAUUAUUCUCUCCAGAACCACGGGACCUUUUAAAAUUCCAGUGAUAAGUCACUCAUCCGCAUGUGAAUGUCUCAGUAAUAGGAAAGAUUACCCCUCUUUCUUCAGGACGAUUUCUAGUGAUUAUCACCAGGGCAGAGCACUGGCACUUCUGGUCAAGCACUUAGGGUGGACUUGGGUUGGAGCUGUGAACAGUGAUACUGACUAUGGAAAUAAUGGAAUGGCAAUAUUUCUGAAUGCAGCGGAAAAAGAGGGUAUUUGUGUAGAGUACUCCGUGAAAUUCUACCGAACAGAUUAUGAAAAACUCCAGAAAGUUGUAAAAACAAUGAAACAAAGCACAGCUAAAGUGGUUGUUGGAUUUCUUGCAUUUUUUGAAAUGUCAUUACUAGUUGAGCAGCUAAGUAUCCAGAAUGUUACAGGCAUCCAAUUGAUUGGAGUGGUAGGAUGGACAACUUCAAAGAAUUUGAUCACUCCAAGUACUUUUCAUGUGAUGGGAGGGUCACUGGGGUUUGCACUUAGAAAAAUCCACAUGGAAGGCUUUUCAGAUUAUAUUAAUAAAUACUUCUGGAAAACAGCUUUUGCAUGCUCCGAAAGAGAUUUAUCUCAAGACUUAUAUUGCAGUAGAAAUCAAGAUUUAAUUGUGCUUAAAAAUUACACUGAAGAUGUGUCUGAACAGAGAUUUUCAAGUAAUGUGUACAAAGCAGUGUAUGCUGUGGCUUUUGCACUACACAGUCUGCUCAAGUGCAAAGAACAAGGUUGUGCCAAAGCCCUGAAAAUACAUCCACAGCAGGUAGUUGAAGCUUUAAAAAAAGUAAAUUUCACAGUUAAAUUUGGGGAUCAUGUGUGGUUUGACAGCACUGGUGCUGCAAUAGCAAACUAUGAAGUUGUGAACUGGCAACGGCACUCAAGUGGAUCUUUCCAGUUUAAAGCAGUGGGUUACUAUGAUGCCUCACUGCCCCCUGACCAGCGCUUUAUGAUUAACACUGAAGACAUAAUUUGGGCUGGAGGACAGCUGGAGAAGCCAAGGUCUGUGUGCACAGAGAGUUGUCCUCCAGGCACUAGGAAGGCUGUACAGAAAGGAAGACCUGUCUGCUGUUAUGACUGUAUUCCAUGUGCAGAUGGAGAAAUCAGUAAUGAGACAGAUUCAAAUAACUGCAUGCAGUGUCCAUGGGAAUACUGGUCUAAUGCUGAGAAAAAUAAAUGUGUGUUAAAGGCUGUAGAGUUUCUGUCAUUCACAGAAAUGAUGAGUAUAGUGCUAAUCUUUUUCUCACUGUUUGGAGUAGGAACAACUGCUGUGGUGGCCAUCCUAUUUUACAGUAAGAGAGACACCCCCAUAGUAAAAGCCAACAACUCAGAGCUGAGCUUCCUGCUGCUCUUCUCAUUGACUCUGUGUUUUCUCUGUUCACUUACUUUCAUUGGCCAGCCAACUGAAUGGUCCUGUAUGUUACGUCACACAGCGUUUGGGAUCACUUUUGUCCUCUGUAUCUCUUGUGUUCUGGGGAAAACAAUAGUUGUGUUAAUGGCCUUCAAGGCCACACUUCCAGGAAGUAAUGUCAUGAAAUGGUUUGGGCCUGUACAACAGAGACUCAGUGUUCUUGCCUUUACACUUAUACAGGUUCUUAUCUGUGUGCUUUGGCUAACAAUAUCUCCUCCUUUUCCCUAUAAAAAUAUUAAAUAUUAUAAAGAGAAGAUCAUUCUUGAGUGCAGUCUGGGUUCUACAGUUGGCUUUUGGGCUGUACUGGGUUAUAUUGGUCUAUUGGCUCUCAUGUGCUUCAUUCUGGCUUUUCUGGCUCGGACGCUGCCUGAUAACUUCAAUGAAGCUAAAUUCAUCACAUUCAGUAUGCUCAUAUUCUGUGCUGUGUGGAUCACAUUUAUCCCAGCUUAUGUCAGUUCUCCUGGAAAAUUUACUGUAGCUGUGGAGAUAUUUGCCAUUUUAGCUUCAAGCUUUGGUUUAUUAUUCUGUAUAUUUGCACCUAAAUGUUACAUCAUUCUGUUUAAGCCUGAACAAAAUACAAAACAACAUUUGAUGGGAAAGACACAAACUAAGUCAUAA